AGUGUUUAUUUUCCUGCAAUAAAUGACAAAUGAGGAUUAUGAGAAUGCUGUAUCAGUUCACAGUUUGAGGAGCUCACUACAGCUUCCUGUUUUGCUAUUUAUUUUGAGUCACUUUGAUCUGGUUCUUGCGGUUAAGCUUGUUCCUGUUAUGUACAGAAGAGAUGAAAUGAAUUGGUCUCUUCCUGCUGCACAGAAGUUUCCGCUUGUCUUCAGCAAGUUUACCAGAUUGAUUUAACGUGUGAAGUAUAGCAAGUAUAUUCUCAUAUUUAUUUUAGAAGUAAUUAAAAUCUGUGAAUAUUUGUGUUUAACUCGUGAGCAUUCUUGUGAAUGUUUAACAAAACCUUUCCAUAUCUAUGUGUUGUAAUGUUGUGCAGCAAUGGGAGGAAAUGCAUCUAAGGACGCCAUUUCUGAGGUUUUUGAGGAAGAUUGGAGGGAAAUACCUAUGAGCAAAGAACAGUAUCUGGACUAUGUAAAGAAUUAUCAGCUUCAUCAUGAUGAGAUCCAACAGCUCAGAAUUCUUCUCCAUGGACCCGUUGGUGCUGGGAAGUCCAGCUUCAUCAACUCUGUGGACACAGUUUUACAAGGCAGAAUUAGUGGUCGAGCUUUGACAGAUGGAACCUUUGGGGACAGCUUCACCACAGAAUACAGAACUUUCAAGAUCCAAAAGGAAGUGCAAGGGACUUUUUAUCCUUUUGCCUUUACUGACAUCAUGGGCCUUGAGGAAGGCACAAACAAAGGAGUUACUGUGGAAGACAUCAAACUGGCCAUGAAGGGACAUGUGAACGAUCGGUACAGGUUCAAUCCCACUGCAGCAAUAUCUGAUAAAGAUAGUGGCUACAACAAAAACCCCAGCCUGAAUGACAAAGUCCAUGUUCUGCUCUGUGUGGUUUCUGCUGAAACAUUAAGUUUGAUGAAACCAGAAGCCUCUGCUGACCAACGUGAUGAGAUGACUGAAACCAUGAGAAAGAUGAGGGAAGUCCGACUUGCAGCUCGUGAUCUCGGGAUUCCCCAACUGGCUGUUCUCACCAAAAUAGAUGAAGCCUGUCCAGUAGUCAAAGAAGACGUUGGGAACGUGUAUAAGAGCACAUACGUGAAGAAACUGAUAGAGGAACUGAGUGCUUUCCUUGGUAUUCCACCGUCCUACAUCUUUCCUGUGAAGAACUAUCACUGGGAUAUCACCCCAGAAGAUGUCAGUGACAGACUGAUACUGAGUGCACUGAAACAGAUGAUUGACUUUGGAGGCGACUUCGUCAACAAACACAUGUAGACCUGCUUCCUCUGCUGCUGGAACAAGUCUGCUUUAUCUCAGGGUGAAUUAGACUGUUUCUGGGUGUAACCAGGAAUGUGCAUGACGAUGAUAUGUAUCAUGCUGCUUUGCCUUUUGUGUUUUUUUAUGAGGAAUAUAUUUGCUAGAGUUUUAUAAGAUCAGACUGUGCUGGAUGAUGAUUCAAUAAAAACCUUGAUGUGCAAAAAUCAGGCUUAUACAGUAAUACUCAUACUGCAUUUAGAUUUUAUCUAGAUAUUCAUUUAUUUUUGUAUUAUUGAUUGGUUUGCUACUAUAUUUUUAAUUGUGGUGGUAAUAGGAGGUGUUCUGGUCUCCCAGAAAGCAUAAAUUAAUCAAUACAUUAACAGAAAUCAGAAUAAUUAGAAACUGGGCUAAAUAUGGUUGGAACUAAGUUGUCAGUAGUUGUGUUCAUUCGAUCAGUGUUUAGAUCUACACUAGAACUUUAUACUACUUUACUGCUGUUCAGAUAAAACCACAAUAAAUAACAAAAAAAUUA